AUGUUCCGCCGCCUCAGCACGCCCAUGCUCGCGAGGGCCAUUUGUCGUGUGCCUCGCCGCGGCCUCGUCCCCGUCCCCAAUGAGGUCGUCGCCGCCUCCGGCCGAAGCAUCCAGAGCGCAAGCGGCUUCUCGCCCCUCCGGCCACCGUCGCCAGAAGAGCUGGGCGCGCCGAGGGCAGCGAAGCAGUACAGGAGGGGGAGGAGAUGGACGCGCUGGCUCGUCGUCGGCCUCGUCACGGGCGGCACGGUAUACGUGGCAGACCGCCAGGUUUACGCGUCGGGAUUUGCCAGGACGCUGCGGACGUUUACGACGACGCUCCUCGUCGCGCUGGACUACAAGAUCAACUUCAGACCGGAGCCGCUGACGGCUGGUUCUGUGCCGGAGCUGCACGCUCGGAAUGCGGAGCGGCUGUUUGAGCUGCUCCGUGCGAACGGCGGACUGUAUCUCAAGAUUGGACAGGCCAUUGCCAUGCAGAGCGCCGUGCUGCCGCCCGAGUUCCAGAAGAUGUUUGGCCGGAUGUUCGACGACGCGCCCCAGGAUGACUGGAAGGACGUGGAGGCGGUCAUCCGGAGGGACUUUGGGAAGAGCGUCGAGGACGUGUUCGGCGUCAGCUUCACGGGCAAGGAGGGCAUGGGGGUCAUGGAGCGCAAGGCGAGGGCGAGCGCCAGCGUUGCGCAGGUCCACUGGGCGAGACUGCCGGAUGGCCGAGAGGUGGCCGUCAAGAUCCAGAAGAGGGAGAUUGCCAAGCAGAUUGCCUGGGAUCUGUGGGCUUUCAGGUCCAUCACGUGGAUUUACUCCAAGUGGUUCGACCUCCCGCUCUACACCCUCGUUCCCUUCAUCACGGAGCGUCUUGAGCUGGAGACGGAUUUCCUCAACGAGGCCGAGAACUCGGAGAGGAUGAGGAACCUGGUCAACUCGGAAGGGAGCCUCAGGGGCCGCGUCUACGUGCCCGUCGUCUACUCGGACCUCACGACCAGGCGCGUCCUGACGACGGAGUGGAUCGAGGGCGUGCGGCUCUGGGACAAGAAGGCCCUCACGUCCCGCUGGCUGGGCGGCCACGGGAAAGGCUCGCCGGGGGCCAAGACACCGCUGCCGCCCGUGGACAUGGCCGCCGCCCGCCGCGAGCUCCGAGCGAACCCGCACGACGAAAGGAUCAAACCCGAGCGCCAGGAGUGGAAGGGCGUCCGCGGCCGCGGCGGCCUCGGCCUGUCCACCAAGGAGGUCAUGACCACCAUGGUCGACCUGUUCUCGGCGCAAAUCUUCAAAUGGGGCGUCGUCCACUGCGACCCUCACCCGGGCAACAUCUUCAUCCGGCGCCUCCCCAGCGGGCGCGCGGAGCUGGUCCUCAUCGACCACGGCCUCUACGUGUACAUGUCGCCCGCGUUCCGACACCAGUACAGCGCCUUCUGGAAGGCCCUCAUGACGUUUGACAACAAGACCAUCUCGAGGGUCACGUCGGAGUGGGGCAUCAAGGGCGCCGACUUCUUCGCCAGCGCCACGCUCAUGCGCCCCUACGAGGGCGGCGACAAUUCGCUCCACGACCACCUCAAGAAGGAGCUGGACUCCAAGACGCCCGCGGAGCGGCAGUACGCCGUGCAGCAGCUCAUGAAGCAGAGUCUCCGGGACAUGCUUGCCGACGAGGAGAAGUGGCCCAAGGAACUCAUCUUCAUCGGCAGGAACAUGCGCAUCGUGCAGGGGAACAACCAGUAUCUCGGGUCGCCCGUCAACAGGGUCAAGAUGAUGGGCGAGUGGGCCAGCAGGAGCCUCUUCCAGGACAAGAAUCUGCCCGCGAGGCAGAGGCUGGCCAACGCAUGGCGGCACCUGCUCUUCAAGACGGUCAUGUUGGGCACCGACGUCGCGUUUUACUUUUUCAAGCUGAGGCAGUGGCUGGGACUCGGGGGCGGCAUGGAGGACGAGAUGGAGAGCAGGAUGAGAGGCAUGGCGCAAGACUACGGCAUAGAGUUGCAGCACGGCGUGUUUGAGGGCUGA